AUGUCUCAACUGCUGGCGAGCCUGCCCUCAUCUGAUGCAUUUGCGACGAUAAUCAUGGCCACUUUGGCGAUGAAAACAUUUUUUCUGUUCAUUUUGAACGUUGUCUCCUUCGCGGAGAUGUUUGUCCCUCCAACGCUGAAAGUAGAACCCGGAGCACCUCGUCUAGUCAGCAUGACUCAAUCGUUGGACCUCGCGGCGACCCCCCUUCCUCCUGCUAACGACGACGGUAAUAUUGCCAUUGUGAUUUGCGGUGGGGUGGGCUCCCUCAUCCUCUACUAUGGGGGAUUUCUUCUUUCUGGACGCGGCAGCGCAAGUUUGUCGUUAUGCGUGCUUACCGUUUUCGGGACGUUUAUGCUCUCCUCCCUCGCAGAAAGGUACCCUAGAUUCGAUAAAACUGUCAAACAGCCAAUCGCGUUUGGUGCCCUCUCAUUUAGAUCCCAAACCUCUCCGCGUCCCAAAGCAAACUGGAACAGUGUUUUCGACAACCUACCCUGGCCCAGGAGGUCGGCGACGUAUAACAUUUUGUAUUCUGGCUCUGUUCUACCUGCUGUGACAGUCGCUGUCGAUAUGACUGUUUUAGCCAUUGGCACGAAGGUUACAGUUGGAUUGGGGCUCUGUGCGACUUUUGAGGCGAUCGGGAUAUGCACAACGAAGUUCCAACAAGACUUCCCAAUGAUGAGCAUCCGCUACAUGGGGCUCCUGCUUGUAGCGUUGUAUCACGAUCUCCUGAUAGGUGUUCUUAGACCGACAUGGCCGGGUAACGUCUGGCAUUUUAUUCGUAAGCUGAAGACCCCGUAUGCAUUUAUGGUCCUGCCAAUAUUCUUUCGACUUCAUCGUAGCUUUAUGUGGACGGAAGUGGUGCCCAGGCUCACGGAUGCAAUCAACUCACUGACCUUGAUCAUUGUUGGUCAGUAUGUCUCUGACCCUCUUUUGGCCAUGGACUCGACUGCAGAUUUCAUCGUCAAUCCGCCUUUCUCUGCUCGCUCCGUGGGUCUAUUCAUUGCGGCCUUAAGCUUGACAACAGUACCUGCGUUAGGUGGCUAUAGAAAGCGAUAUUGGGCUCUCAGUGGCGCAGGUAUCGGGAUAUUAGGCCUACCUUGGGAUGCUGUCGCUCGGCCUAUAACAUCUCUGAUCAUUCUAGGAAUUGUGUUUGCCUUGUUUUCCUACCUCUUUAAAUCGAUUGCCAGGCAUUCUGGAUGGAGUGUUUUGGGUUACACGAUCUUCAUCCAAAUAUUAAUCGUUUUCUGGAGCUUCCUGUUUUGUCACUCGGACGACAUUAGGAACUCCUACUCCCAAGGAGAGCUCGAGAUCGUUCAAGUAGCCAUUGUUGCAGCGGGAUCUGUGAGGGACUCAAUCCCCAAAACAGGAGCACCCGCUCGACUUGAGCGGUUGACAUUGGUGAUAGACAUCUCUUCUUUGGUUUUCACCUUGGGCUCGUUUGCAUUGGUAGAUCUACCGGACUCUUUUCAUGAAGAGGUGGAAUACGCCAGCCUACCUGGUCAUGCAUUUGCCGUUGUGGGUGGCAAUAGGGAUAAUGGUUGCAUCGAUGCUGGUGGCUUAUCCUUCACAUCAUCGAAAAUUGGACAUGGACGAGGGGGCCAACGUCAAGCUCGAGUUGAAGACAACUCUGAGCUUGAGAACCAAUCACGCUCAGUGGCAGAAAUCGGGAAGAGUUCUAACGACCUGGAGUUGAAUCUGGAAAUGCUCAAGGUCCUUCGUAAAGACGCAGAGACCAGAUGUAACGAGGCUACCAUCCGCGUACAAGAGUUGGAGCGCGAACUUCACUUUGCUACAUCCUGCAUUCAAGAUAUGGGGCUGGAGCUCCAACACGGCUUAACAAUCAACAGUGAGCUCCAACAGCAAAACGCUCAGCUUCAAACCGCUCUAGAAGAAAGUAAUAAGGACAAGGAAAUCUUUUUCCGUGGCUUUCGUGAACGAGACACACAAUUGAGAGCAGCUGAAGCACAAGCUCAAACCCUAGAAAUUCAUGCGACCGAGCUCCUCCACCAAACUCUGCAAGCUUCGACCUUGCAGAACCAGCAGCAAUUGUUAAGUAUCAUGAAGAAUUCUCUCGGUGUCUGCACCUUGUGCCAAAAUGGUUACGACGAAGCAAGGCUUCCCUCAACGUGA